AUAAACUUUUAGUGAUACGAAGCAGCAUAUCCGACUUAUAUAUGUAGUUUUAACUUUUUAAGUUCAUAGGAAUUUUACUUAUAAAUAUACAAAUUUCUUAGUUUACUGCCUUGAAUUAAUAUAAAAGAAGGUUUUGAAAAGACAUAAAAUGAGGUACCCCCAAAGAAGAUAGUCGCAGGGAUUUAGGUCUGGUGACCUGGCCGGCCACUCUAUUGGCCCUCUUCGUCCUAUCCAUCUUCCUGGGAACACUGUCUGGUCUUGUUCGUCUGGGUAUAGGCCAGCUAAAGCAGGGAUAAGAAAAUCUGGAAGAAAAUUCAAAUAGCAUUAUCCUAUUAAGUUUUCUUCGAAAAAGUUUUCAGUGGUGCUAACUAUACUUCCUUUACUUGCACUCUCUUCGUUACUUAAAGGGAACCAAUUGCCUCUUUGUGUAGAUAUUUGCAGCUGUGUGUAUCUUAGUGAUGAAAACGCCAACGAAACCAUUACGAGAGUCACUUGUAACAACGACGUAAAAUCUGUACUUACAAACAGGACAUCGUGGAUAAACCCGGAUACCAACCAAUCAUAUGCUUAUGACAGAAUGACAUUGACCAAUCAAUAUUUUAUUGUGCUCAACUUUACUUUCCCUAAGAGCGAUUUAGUUUAUCUUAAUUUGGCGAAUAACGAUAUUUACACUAUUAAGGAUAGUGUAUUUCAAAAUUUACAAAAGUUGGAAGUUUUGAUUUUAAGUCACAAUGAUUUGGAGUUAAUGUCGCCAAAUGCAUUAAAGGGUGUUUAUAUGCCAGAACGUUACGAGCCUCUAAAAUGCUUAAAAGAAUUAAGAUUGGAUCACAAUAGACUGCAUACGCUUAACACGGACCUCUUUGAGCAUACAACCGACCUGGAAAUCUUAGACCUUAGUUAUAAUCCCUUUACAGUUAUUGAUUAUUCCACUGUUAUUGCUAUUGAUACUUUAAUUAAUCUAAAGGAACUUUAUUUAGCAUACACACAAAUUUCAACCCUGCCAGAGCUUAUUCUUCAUACACCUUUAAAUCUGAGGGUAUUAGAUUUGAGCGGAAACCCCAUGGAUAUCGUACCUGCAACUUUGAAAAACUCACAUAACUUAACCACGUUAUUUUUGAAUGAUACUAAUUUUGUUAAUUUAACUAAAGCAAAUGGCUUUCCACUUCUGCCAUCUCUUAAAGUCCUAUACAUGUGCCAUUUAACAAACGUAGAGAGGAUUGAGAAAGAAGCUUUAGGUGGUCUUCCUAAUUUGGAGGAACUUUAUAUCAGUGACAAUAUAAAACUAAAUUACAUUGAUGGGUUUUCUCUUGCUCUCAUUGAUAAGGAAAAUGACGGUACUAUUAGACCAUUUAUUAAAAAGUUACACUUAAGAAAUAAUAAAAUAGCUUUUCUGGAAGGCGAUUUUUUGGCUAGAUGGGACGCUUUAAUAGAACUAGACUUGGGAAUGAACCCGUGGACUUGUGAAUGUGAAAACCAGUGGAUGGUGGAUGAUCUUAUGCCUAUUUACUUAAAAAUUGAAAAAGAGAAGGCAUCUUUAUUAGGAUGUCAGGCACCAAUUGAAAUGGUUGGAUACACUUUCGCCGAGUUAUAUGAAAGAAAAUAUAACAUGCGAUGUCUAGAUGCAUAUGGAGCUGAACCAGAAAACGACGCUGCGUUGCUUGUAGGGGUUCUUGCCGGUAUUCUGAUUGCUAUACCAUUAAUCCUCUUUGGUAUUUACGCCUAUCAAAGAAAAUGGUUUGGACUACUAAGUAUGUGUGAUUCAUCUCCAGCCGCAUAUUCUAGAAGGUUUUAUAAGUCGACAAGAGAUGAAGAUUUUUAAUUUAUUAUUUGUUACCUAGGUUAUUUAGUUGAUGUGCAAUUAUUUUAUAUUAUAAUUAUUGUUUAUUGUUUUUGUUAUCGAAGCCUUAUUAAGCAAGUAAGCCAUUGUAUAUGUACAAAAACAAAAUAUUUUUAUAAGUUUUGACUUACAAUUUCGAUAUUAGGAAACCUUUUAUAUAAGCAAAUCUUUGCCACAAUUUUGUUUUUUUGCCAUCAUAGGAAUAAAGAUAGUAGCUGACA